AUGGACUUUAAUCUACAGUCGUAUUUCAACGAGUUUGAUGUAGAUAAGGAGUACGAUGUACAAUUUGAUGACUUGAAUGGGAAGUUGGGACUAGUGACGGACACAUUAGCACAUGAUUCACAGGCAAUAGUAUCAAAUCCAGAGCUUUUUGAAGAUAUCUUGGAGCUAGCUCAAGGAUACAGAAAAUUGGAAUCAAAACAGCAACGUCAAUUGUCCUACUUGUUGGCAUCUUCAUUCAACAAUAUUGGUCAAAGUUUGCUGCGGGGGUUAGUGGAAGAUGACUAUCAAGAUGGUCUUGACCAGAUUAAAACUACUUUGGAACGAUAUGGUUAUUUGAUAUACGUUUUGAUGAAAUUUCUUGGGAGUGAAGACCACCUGCAAAUAAGUGCAGCACGAUCACAAAAGAAAGUACCCCGAGAUGUUCUUGCCAAAUGGAACUCCAAUUGUGCAGAUGUCGAAAAUGCACUCCUUGCCAUCAAGUCUGUUUUGAACAUUGACCUUGAUAAAGUGUUUUUGACUACACCCGAGAGGGAUGCUUAUGUCGAGCUUUUCUCCAGACCCAUCAUCAAUCUCAUGGAGAGCCCUGAAAGGAUGAAAGUUGAAGGAUUGAGAGUUCUAAUAUAUGAUGUUCUCGCUGUUGCUGUCACAAAGCAUGCGCAUGGAGAGAUCAUGCAACAUUCAAUCAUUCAAAGUUUGACAUACUAUGCUCAUCUCCCUCCAUACAUGGCUAUAUUUCUUAGUUUAUUAAACAGAAAAUACGAUCACCCCUAUUUGACUGAAAGGAUCCUACGUGAAAUUGCACAGACUCGUUUCAUUGCCAAUGAUACUAAUGGCCCAAAGGCUAUUGCCGAGUUUAUCACAAAAUUAUCAGAACUCAGUCCGCAUCAAAUGUUUAAGCAAAUGACGAGUAUUUCACAGUUAUUGACAAACACCAAUUUUACACUUCGUUGCGCAGUUGUUGAAGCGUGUGGAAAUGUCAUCAUUGGUGUGCUUAAAGAUCGAUCUCGAUUCUCAUUGAUUGAAACUGCGAACGAUUUCAAUGGUGCCGAUAACAACAACAAUAGCAGUAGCAACGACAAUAAUAACGACAACGAUAACGACAACAAUAACAAUAACAGCAGCAGCAGCAGCGGCGACGGCGAGGAUGAUAGCGAGAAAGUGGAUAAUGGGCGUCAGUCAGAUGAAGUGCAUGUUGGAAAAUUAUUAGAUUUACUAGCAGAAAGAGUUUUUGAUCAAAACCCGUUUGUGAGGUCCAAGGCUAUACAGGCUUUGACACGUGUUGCUGAAUCGAGUCUUAAAGCACCGGCCAAACGUCAACAAAUACUCCGUCUUGCUGUAAACUCCUUGGACGAUCGAAGUACUUUAGUUAGGAGGAAUUCAAUCAAGCUUUUGGGAAAACUCAUCUUAAAGCAUCCGUUUCAAGGAACGCAUGGAACACAGCUUUCCAGAAAAUUUUGGUCUUCUCAAUUACAGGAUGCAGAGGAUGAAUACAUCGCGUGUAUACCUAAACCAAUGGACUUGGGUGCAGACAUGGAGAUGGAAGAAGAUACUGGAGAUGAAAUGCAAGAGGAUAAUGCAGAAGAAAAGGACGAUGAAAAUGAUAACAUACGAGAGGAACAAGAGGAAUUUGACGGAGGAGAAAAAAGUGAAAACAGCGAUAAUGAUGAAGAGGAUAGGGAAGAAGAAACUGAGAGAUUAUCAGCGACUGAAACUGCAGCAGCAACAUCAUCAUCAUCAUCAUCAUCAUCAACAACAGGAGAAUCACCAUUGUCGUCUGCCUCUACUAUCAAUCAUCAGCAAACACCUUCUCCGAUUGCAAUAGCCAGAGCUAAAUUGAAGCGGGAUUUUUAUAAAGAUGCCGUAAAGUUUAUCAAAACAGCGGAAAAGGGCACCACAACAAUUUGUAGGCUUUUGUUCUCCAGGAAUAGAAAUGAGGCUAUAGACGCCAUGGAUUUCAUCGUUCUUGCAGAUGCUUUUGGUAUUGAAAAUGCGAAUUACGGAAUCAAGCGGAUGCUACACUUGGUAUGGGUGAAAGGAACUUCAGAAGAAGGCAAAUCGGUCUCAGCACACUUGAUAGAUUGCUACAAAGCCCUUUUUUUGCGUGCUCCAGAAGGAGCCUCAACUACUCAGAAAGCUGCACAUAUAGCUAAGAGUCUUAUGGGAUUAACUAAAGGGGCUUCAGUUGCUGACUUGGCAUCUUUGGAAAAGUUGUUGUGCAUGAUGUACAGACUCAAUAUGAUACACAGUGAAAUUAUUGCUGUACUUUGGCAGGUGUACAAGACUGAAGUGGAAGAUACCGAUGAGAUUAUUGAAAUGAGACGCUCUUCUAUAAAGAUCUUAGGAAUGCUUGGUACAGACGAACCAAAGAUUAUCGCACAAGGUUUCUCAUCGAUUUUGAAUAUCGGAUUAAACGAAAAAGGACUCCAUGAUUUAGAACUUUGUCGUUAUUCAUGCAUUGCAUUGCAAAAACUCGAUCUUGCCUUUUUUUCUAGCAGCAUCGAAAACUCACAAGAAAGACAAAAAGAAGCAACAGAUCGCAUAGUAAAUGUGCUUUUGCACGUCCACGAUGAUGCGGAAUGGUUUGCAGUUGCAGAACAAGCAAUAGAUGCUAUUUUUGAGAUCUGUAAUGAUCCAGUAGAUUUGUGCUCGGACUUGAUUCGUGAGAAAUCCAACAGCGUAUUUGCCUCACAGAAGUUUUCAGAAUUGCAAAAAUGUACAGCAUUAUCUCAAUUACUUUUCAUUGUAGGCCACGUUGCAAUCAAGACAAUAGUGUACCUUGAAAGUCUUGAAGCCCAAUUUAAGAAAAAACGGCAACAUGCAGAGACAAAGGCAACUGAAGGAAAUAAGGCUGACCAUGAGCGUGAUGAAGAAUUGGAGAUGAUUGGUGGAACAUCGGAGGACGAUUUUGCAGAUGCAGUGCAACAUGUGAGGGAGAAAGAAUUACUUUAUGGACAAACAUCUAUUCUUGCAGGGUUUGGCGCGUUGGUGAAGCGAAUAUGUUCGAUGCCGAAAAAAUACGAUAAUCUCAAUUUACAACGACAUGCUACAUUAUGCUUGGUGAAGUUGAUGUGCAUUUCAUCCAUCUAUUGUGAAGAGAACCUUCCUUUGCUUUUGAGUAUUAUGGAAAAGUCCCAAGAUCCAGUUAUCAGGUGCAAUUGUGUUUUAGGGCUUGGUGAUUUGGCCGUGAGCUUCAAUAGGUUGAUUGACGAGAAUACAGAUUUCAUAUAUCGUCGUCUCACAGAUGAGAACAUUAUGGUGCAAAAAACUUGUUUAAUGACUGUUACGUUCUUGAUUCUUGCAGGUCAAGUUAAGGUAAAGGGACAAUUAUCUUCGAUGGCCAAAUGCUUAGAAAACUCGGACCAGGGAAUAAGUGAUAUGUGUAGAUUGUUUUUCACCGAAUUGGCAACAAAGGAUAACGCAAUCUACAAUGGCUUUAUCGAUAUAUUUAGUGGAUUAUCUUUUGACGAGUCGUUGAGCCACGAAUCAUUCAAGAAGAUUAUCAAGUUUUUGUUGGGGUUUGUCACCAAAGAGCGCCAACAAAAGCAAUUAAGCGAAAAACUAUUAGUUAGAUUGAAAAAGGCAAAGAGCGAAAAGGAGUGGAAGGAUAUUGCGUUUGCAUUGGAGACUAUCCCAAAUACAAACGCAGACAUAGCAGCAAUACUAAAAGAAGGGUACCAAAUGGUGUCGGCAAAGUAA